UGGUGUGAACCAAUUCAAAUUGUAUGAGAUAAGAUAAUGAUCAUCACAAAAACAACCACAAAUGAAAGACACACUCCACUAAGCUCAAAUUCUAUGCAAAAUCCUUCAACAACAUAACACUAGUUGAAGAUAUCAUUCACUCACACAUGUCACUCCUCCAACUCAAACUAACCCCUAAUGCAUUCACACCUCUCUCUUCUUCCUCACAUAAAAAAUUCAGACCAAACACAACACUCUUUGCAAGAACCAAAAUUAGAGCAGUUGGUACAGUCCCUGAGAAAAAGGAUUCAGAGACCACUACUGACUCUAAUGACCCUCCCUCUAUAGGCUUUGCAUUUGUCAGUUCUGUGUUGCUACCAGAUGGAACACCAGAUGUGCAUUAUCGUACAGCUUGUGGUGGACAGAAGCUUAGGAACAUAAUGUUGGAUUCUAAUAUUGAACUCUAUGGACCUUAUGGUAGAAUUUUGUUAAAUUGUGGAGGGGGUGGAACUUGUGCAACAUGUAUGGUAGAGGUUCUUGAAGGCAAGGAGCUUCUGAGUCCUUGCACCGACAAAGAGAAAGAAAAACUUAAGAGGAAACCAAAGAAUUGGAGAUUAGCAUGUCAAACAACUGUGGGUGAAGCAGAUUCUACAGGGGUGGUCGUGAUUCAACAAUUACCAGAGUGGAAAGGACAUGAAUGGAAAUAUGAAAAGGAUGAUGAUGAGUCAGCAGAGUCUUUGUGAGGAAAAUCUCUACUGUAAAUCGUCAAGAUAAUAUUUGAUAUUUGCUUGUAAUAGAAGUUGUAUAUCUUUGUUAGAAUUUUCAUAUUCUCAUUUUUUUUUACAUUUUUAUUUUUUGUAACAUUGUUUAUCACAUUUCUUUCUCUUUUAUGUUUUCUCCUUUUAUGUUUUCA